AAGUACUCUGAACUACUCUGUGCUGAUUCCAAAUUGAACGGAUUGUGUUCUGUGAACUGAUUAUCUUUUGCUUUCUCAUUCAGCCACUUUGUAAUGUGUUUUGUAAUGGUGAAUCGUAAUAAAUUAUAACAAUAUUAAUUAAUUUCAAGUAUUAUCGACUGUAUUAAUCAAGAAAAUUGGUAUUAUAAUGGGUGAUGCGUGUCAAGCUUGUCUUACGAGGGUUCCUCAUGCAACCCUUAUUGCUACAAUUAUGUGUUGUUUGGGCGUGGGGGUAUUUUGUGGCACUAUGUACCGAGGAUCCGCUCUAUCUAUAUUGAUGUUCGACGAAGUAUUUCACUUUCGACUCAUAUGGAUUGAAGCCCUGCAAAUGAUUUUUAUUGUUGGAAGUGCUUGUAUGGCAGCAUUAGGAUUUAUGUUACUAUGUUUGGGUUGCCUAACAACAGGUGCUACGAGACAAAAAGUAUAUAGGGCUUGGAGAGCGCGAGUCGGUGGAAGGAUAUCAUGCGCAGUAUUUAUGAUUAUCACUUACAUUCUCACGUUCGUAUGGAUUAUAUUAUUGGGAUUCCUGGUCAUAACAACAUUUCUCUUUACCAUAUUUUGGAAGCUCUGUUCGAAACCGAAAAAUAUAGAAUUAAUGACUUGCAUUGAUUUCACCCAAUUUGACUUCAUGUUUCCGUCUACAGUUAAACAAGAAGAUAUGAAAAUAUGUGAAGCACACAAAGUUAAAUUAUUUUGUAAAGAUUAUGUUGAGAAAGCAGAGUUUAUGUUUAUACUUGCGAUGGUUUCAUGUGUGCUUGUGAUUUUAAGUUUAGUGCAUUACUUGAUGUGUUUGUCUGCUAAUUAUGCACAUAUUCGUGAUCAUGACAAGUUUCAAGAAUUGCAGGAGCUACAGUACUUAGCUACCAAUGACAUGCAUUCAUCGAAGGAUAGGUUCUAGUAUAUGGCCCGAGCGCCCCUAUUGCGCUCCUUGGAGGCAACAACCAAAAUGUGACACGGUACACACCCACCCUUAUGUGCAGCUAAGAGGUGUUCACUGAAAAACUUAAAUUGAUUAAAAGACUGAAGCUCAGUGGUUGAUAUACCUCUAUAGAAGUCAGCAUAUUGGCUUAAGAUACCUAAUAUUUUCAACAUAUCUAAACAUUCUUUUCUACUAUUGUUAUUAGUGAACUUAGUUUUAUAAUACUUAAAGAAUUUUCGUCCAUUUAUACAUUCCUGUAGUGCAUAUUUUUGUUUAUGAUAAUUUAUAUUUAAAAAGCACAAAAAAGUGCUCUGCAUUUAUAAUGGUGAUGAGAAGAUAUUUAUUAUCAUUCCUACUGACUAAUUUGUUUAUUAAAACAAAUAUAAUUGUUUAUAUUAUAUAGUUAGAUUACUAACUCAUUGUGACAUACAAUCAGUAUUUAUGAAUCAUUAGAAUUUCCUAUGACUUGGUACAGUGUUAUGCAACUAAAAUGUUGCCAAUAGUAUUAAUAUAAUAUUUUUUGUGAGUCAGAAAAUUGAUUUAUAAAUAUUUAUUAAAUUUUUAGUACAAUACCUGACUAGUUAAUGGAAGACUAAUAGUAUAAAACAUUAUUUGUUAAGAAAAAAAAUUAUGUCACAUUAGUAAUUAGUAAAUUCAUGAUCUAUCUCCUCUUAAAUAAUUUUAAUUGGAGAAAUUGAUAAGUAGUAGUGCUUCUGGUUCUUGUGAUUAUUUUAAAAUAAAAUGUUUGUGUACAAAGUAACAAUAAACUGCCUCCUGAGAUUGGUUAGACUAUCAUGUAGCUUUUAUAUGGUAUAUUUUAAUAAAUCCACCAUUAUUUAUCACCAUGAAUUAUUUAUAAUUAGGUUUAGGUUAUAAAGUAAGAUUCUUUAAACAGAUCUUUAUGUUAAUCCUAAUAUGUCAACUUCAACAAAAUAUUUACAGAACUAUACAAUUAUUUAAGAGCCAAGUUUAGUAAUUGGCAAGUCUUGUUAUUCUAACAAUACAAAUUGUAUUAAAAUAGAAUAAGUUUUUUUAAUAAAUGUUCAUUUUUUA